GGACUGGUUGUUUUAUUUGCCAGUCUAAUAUAUUGGCGAUUUCACAUUAGGGGAUUUCCCGUCCGCCCACCAAUUUUGGGUGCGGUGCGCGCGGCCGGUAAACGUGACAAGAUUUAGUUCCACUGUAGCCUGCCGGCGCUGUACAGCGCGCAUGCAGCAAUGUCAUAUACCGAGUUCACAAUGGGCUAGACAACAAUAAGACUGUGACCUGUAGUCCCCCACCUGUACGAACUUUUUUGUUGAAUAGGCUCCAUCGAUUUACAGCACAGCUCGCAAAAUGAUCGGUCGCCUGGUUUGCUGGCUUGCGAUUGGUUUCUCCGGCCUCUAUUUCCUACAUCUAUGGCGCUCAAGCUCCAAAAACAAGAAGCCGCCCAAGCAGACCAGAGCAUUGACAUCAAGAGACGAACAUCAGUCACAGGUCCCACCUGUUUCGUCGUGGAGACCGCCUGCAACGUUGUGGAGACCGCCUGCAACAAUAGACCAACAUCAGUCACAGGUCCCACCUGUUUCGUCGUGGAGACCGCCUGCAACAUUGUGGAGACCGCCUGUAACAAUAGACCAACAUCAGUCACAGAACCCACCUGUUUUGUCGUGGAGACCGCCUGCUACAACUGUAAGAUAUGAUCAUGGUGUUUUGUUGAAAUCGUUUGCAACAACUUCUAAUCAGAUAUGCAUCUUCAAUCUUCGUGGCAUGUGCGCUUUUGGCAACAAUUGCCGUGAACUGCACAGCGAGCAGCACUACCAGUGGCAGUACAGCGCUGAUAAUGGACAAACAUGGACCAAUUUUGGCGAUAACGUUGCCAUUGAAGAAACAUACUGCAACAUCAGAAUGGAAGGCAUAAAUAUCCAGGAAUUGGGUGUUAUAAGGACUCUCUUUUUUGAGACGAUGAAGUGGUCUCAAAUGGAUGUCCGCCGUUUAGAAAUUCAAUUGACGAACACAUCCGAUUUGAACUCCUGGCAGAGUGUCCUGGCAACCAAGUGGCAGUGGUACUUCCUUGACAACGGAAACAUCUGGAUGAAGUACACCAAUAGGAUUAACACUAAAGUUGAAGAGGCAUACCAAAUGUUUUUGUCGACGGGACAAGAUCCCACAUUUGAGUUUUGGAUAGUUGGGUCCCACCGCUACAUGUUGUAUUUUCAGCGCAUGGUGCAGAGGAACAAGAAUGUUGGUACAGUGCGCAAGGUGCGCAGACGACCCAAGUUUGUCACCGAAGACAUGGGUGAAAGUUGUCUGAAGUUGCCCAAAUAUUGGGAAUCCAACCUGGCAUCCGCAGACCCCCUCAGCAACUUUGUGCGGCGCAAGCUUGACCCCAGACUUCAUGAAGAAGAGUGCAGGAUGGUCAUUGGGCACUUUGCCAAAGAGAUUGACGCAAACUCAUUCCUGGCAAUUAAGCGGGUGCAGAACAUCGAGCUGUGGCGCGAGUUUUCAAAAAGGCGGGAUCUUAUGCAAGAUGGACAAGAAGAUUCCAGCAAAGCGCCAGUGGAACUGAUGUUGUUCCACGGCACAGAGAAACAAAAUAUCGAGGCUAUCUGUCAGGAGAACUUCGACCCCAGCUUGCACGGCACCAAUGUGGGCGCCAAAUACGGCCAAGGUAGCUACUUCAGCAAGAGCGCCAAGUACUCGGACGCCUACGCCAGCCCUGAUUACAAAGGCCGCGGCCACAUGUUCCUGGUUCGAGUCCUGGUGGGUUCUUACACCCGCGGGGACCCCAAGUACUGCUGGCCCCCACUGAAGGAACCGAAUGGUCUGUUUUUCGAUUCCUGCGUUGACGAUCCCUCCAACCCCAAGAUCUUUGUCAUUUUCGAUCAAAAUCAGGUGUACCCCGAGUAUCUGAUCACCUACGAAAAAUGAGUGCAUCACAAAGGUCAGGUCAUUUGCUCGCAUGGUGGACAGUUGGGCAAAGCAUAUAUGCACUACACAUAAAUGGGACAGUAUACAAAUAUUGAGUGGCUCAUCAGCGUGGAAUGGGAGGAAUAUCAUCGCAAGGUAAAAUCUGGACUUUUCCAUUUUACACACAUCGUUGCCGAUGUUUUCUUAGAUUGGUCUCGGGCCUCUGACAAGGUUGA